UUUCAUUCUCCAACGAUUAUUUUUGGAACAAUCAAUUUAUAUUCUGAUUGGUUACUUUUUCACAUAGUCGAUUAAUUUAAACCGUUUGUGUUGAACACAGUUUAGAUAUAUAAAGCAGAACAUAGAAUAUGAAAAGAAAAACUCAGAAUCGCCAAGCAUUGUCUCAUUUCUUCAAUAAGACAAUUGCAUAAAGGGAUGGUCAUAAUUCUAUUGAACCAGCCGAGAUAGUAGACACUCAAGUCCACCAAAUCAUUCGAAACAAAACAAAAGCGUAAGAAUCGUACAAACUUAAUUCCCCACCUGUUGCCCAUUAUUAGCUUAUAGCUAUUUACCCUGUUAGUAGUCCAACAACCUGAAACGAGAAAUACAUCUCCCUUGGAGCAAACUCCCAAACUAUGCUUUUCACGUGCAACAAACCUGUAGAACUCGCUUCUUCCUUUAUAUAUUAAUACCGCGUUGAGUAUCAAUCAUCUCAUACUUGUCAUUUCUUUCACACUUUCAUUCUAAAAUUCCCAAUGUUUAUUACCAUACUUUAACACUUUUCUUGUUUAUAUCUAUUACUAUCAAAGAUUUAUAAAAGUAAGAAGGCUAAUGGCUCUAGAGGGUGUGUUUUUGCAACACGACAACAUCUUUAGCUAUAAUGGUAAAGAAGCUUACUCCAACAUUUACACAGAAGAUGAACCACACUUUUAUGAUCUCCAAGCCUCUCUUGGUUUUCUCGAUAGCCAAACCGAAAACUACAACUCCAGUUUUCUUCAGGAAGACUACUAUGAGAAUAAUACUACAUUCCUUCAUCAACCUCUUCCUGAAAUUGCUAUUAGUGAAGCAAAUAUUACGGCUAACCGAAACUCCUCUGGUAGCCCGAACUGCGAUAUGAGUUACCACCGGGAUAGUGAGAUAAACACUACGCGGAAGAAGAAGGCAACAAGACGCAGAACAAGGGUGAAGAAAAACAAAGAAGAAAUCAAUAGUCAACGUAUGACUCACAUUGCAGUGGAGCGUAGCCGGAGAAAACUGAUGAAUGAGUAUCUCUCUGUUCUCCGCUCUCUCAUGCCUAACUCAUACGUCCAAAGGUGUGACCAAGCAUCAAUAGUAGGAGGUUCCAUAAACUUCAUCAGAGAACUAGAACACCGUCUUCACCUCCUUAACGCCAAUAGGGAACAAAACAAAAAUUCUUUAUCAUGCCGUGAUAUCUCAUCCGCCACACCUUUCUCCGACGCUUUCAAGCUUCCCCAGAUCUCAAUUGGUUCCUCUGCGGUCAGUGAAAACGUGGUUCUCAACAAUGCACUGGCUGAUAUUGAAGUAAGCCUUGUCGAGUGCCACGCAAGUCUCAAGAUCAGAUCAAGAAGGGGACCAAAGAUUCUUCUCAACUUGGUCUCUGGAUUACAAAGCUUAGGGUUUAUCAUUCUUCACCUUAAUGUCUCCACUGUUUCUGACUUUAUCCUCUACUGCUUCUCCACUAAGAUGGAAGAUUAUUGUAAGCUUAACUCAGUGGCUGAUAUAUCUACCGCAGUGCAUGAAAUCCUCCGUAUUCAUGAUGAUUGUCAAAAGUAACGUUAAUGUUAGUGUGAUCCGGUUCACUCAGACCGGUUUGGCGGAGUCAAUGUUAGUGUGAUCUCCGUUUUGGGAUAUUUUGUUACGAAUUUAUAUAAUUGAAUUUAAAUUUCUUAAUUUGUCUGUCCAGAAGUUAAUUUUAAUAUGGUGUACCAUUUAUCCAUUGCACUUUCCAUACAUUAUAGUUAAAUUGGACGGUCCAUUUUUAUUGAA